AUGAAUAUACCAGAGCAGUUUGUUACAUGGAUCAUGAGGUGUAUGGAUACUGCUGCCUUCUCAGUAUCUAUCAAUGGUGAGCUUGAAGGGUUCUUCUCCAGCUCAAGAGGUAUUAGGCAAGGAUGUUCACUCUCCUCUUAUCUGUAUGUCAUUGUCAGUAAUGUGCUCUCCAAGCUUAUUAACAAAGCAGUGACUACAAGAAGAAUUGGACACCAUCCUAUGUGUCAGGAAGUUAAUCUCACUCAUUUGAGCUUCGCUGACGACAUCAUAGUGUUCCUCGAUGGGUCACCGAGCUCAUUGAAUGGCGCACUGGAAGUAUUUCAGAAUUUUGCCAACAUCUCAGGUCUUUGCAUAAAUGUAGCAAAGUCUACGGGUUUUUCAGCGGGUGGGGGGAAGCAGGCUUUGGAGAUUUUCGCUGGAGAAGUAGGUUUAUCAGUCUCUGCUCUGCCCAUCAAAUACCUCGGACUGCCUCUUACUACAAAAACAAUGACGCGGAACGACUACGAGCCUCUGAUAUUGAAGAUUAAGGGCUGUAUUGAUGAGAUUGAAAGCAUGUGUUCAGCUUUUUGUGGAGUAGCUCGCCUAACAUCACAACCAAAACCAAAGAUAGCAUGGCCAGAGGUUUGUAAAUUAAAGCAAGAAGGUGGCUUAGGUGUUCGCAGUAUAAGAGAAGUUUCUACAAUAUUUGCUUUGAAGCUGAUUUGGCGUAUUUUUGAGAAUGCUGAUUCCUUAUGGGUACUGUGGGUUAAACGGAUGCUGCUUUGUGGAAGUUCUUUUUGGGAUGUGAGGGAAGGUGUCUCAGGAUCUUGGGUUUGGCGGAAACUACUGCAACUCCGGCAUAUAGCUAAGAAAUUUGUGCGAAUGGUCAUUAAUGAUGGAAGAACUGUCCAGUUUUUGACUGAUAUUUGGCACCCCAUUGGUAGGCUCAUUGGAGAGCACGGUACACAGAAGCUGGGAAUUGUUCGUAAUGCUAUUGUAUCGACUGUUCUAGUGAACAAUGAGUGGCAAUUUCAGAACAAAAGAGACAGAGCAAUACAACCAGUCAUCGCUCAGAUCAAAGAGAUGCGUCUAGUCUUGGCGGAAGGCGUAAAGGAUACAUCUAGAUGGAUGAAAGAGGAGGGUACAUACGAGGCUGGUUUCUCAACUUCAGCAACAUGGAAAAUCAUUCGUGUUAAACAUGACAUGGUCCCAUGGCAUCGAAUUAUUUGGUUUGCGCAAGGGGUUCCUAGAUAUGCUUUAUCGCUUGGCUUGCUGUCAAGGACAUGCUUUCUACAGGAGUUAAAAUGUGUACACGGGGAGUGA